GAGAUAUUGAUGAUCUGCAGCCUCCGUUCGCGCACAAUCUUUUCAAAGCGAUCCAGUGACUCGGCAAUUGGGAUUGCUAUUGCCUUGGACACUCGCCGCUUUAUAAUCUGUUAGAAGUUCUUUCCUGACUGAGCUUCACCUGCCCACCACGACCACGACCUCGACCUCGACCCCCAUCUCUUUCACGCAACAUUUCUGGAGCAGUGCCUUGUUGUUGACCUUUUUCCUUUCUCCACGAUGGAGCGCCCCGUCCUCCAGCCCGCAAGGCGUCUCGUCUCGUCACUUACCCUCACCGCCAAACGAACACAAGCAACCACAUCACGGACGAAAAAGGCCCUCAAGAUCGGCCCGCACCCGUCCUUCCUCAACACCACAAACGAGGACCACAUCGUCUUCAACCCGCCCUCCUCCACGCCCUCGGUAUACCACACGCCCUUCAAGUUCCUGCCGCGGACCGACCCGCGCCGCCAAGCGAACCUCACACAGCUCAUCCGCGCCUCGUCCUCGUCGACGGCCACAUCAGAGCUCGCACCGCAGGUAGGCAGCGAGCCGAACGGUGGGUUCGCGCCGCCGAAGCACAGCGUGACGAGGGAGCAGGUCGAGGAGAUGCGGUCGCUGCGGGCGUCGGACCCGGCGAGGUGGAGCGUGGCGGCGCUGGCCGGCAAGUUCGGGUGCAGCAACUUCUUCGUCAUGAUGUGCUGCAAGGCGAGCGCGGAGCACCGGGCCAGCGAGACGGCGCGGCUGGACGCCAUCAAGUCGAGAUGGGGCCCCAUCAAGUCAAAGGCUCGCGAGGAGAGGCAGAAGAGGAAGGUCUUGCUCCUGAAGGGCCAGUUAUAGUGAGAUGGUGAUCCUCGGCCAGAGAGAGCGAGCUUGCUGUACAGGAUUCGCCUAGUGGGUCCAGGAAGAACCGUACGAAGG